CGCACCACAGAGCAGUCAGCAGUCACGUCGGCUGGUUAAAAAAACAGAAAAGGGGGUGUUUUUUUUAUAUUAAAGGCAGUUCGAGGGAACUAAAAUCAUUAUUGUUUUUUAUGCUAAGCGUUCGGCACCAUGUCGCUUUGUGUUUUCUCUGCUGACUGUACGGCGCUGGGGGGGAAGAGAAGAUGCUAACUAGCUUGUUAGCCUAAGAUAGCCACUCAAACUGAGGGUGGACGUUGUUAGCCUUUAGCUAAGGAGUUGUUUUUAUUUCAGGGGGAGAGAGGAAACACAGACAUGACACACAAAGUCAAUCUGUGCUCAGUUUCCCUUAACGUUAAGGGAAUGACUUGUGGCUCCUGUGUCCAGUCCAUAGAGCAUCAGAUUGGGUCUCUGGAUGGGGUGAUACACAUAAAGGUGUCCUUAGAUCAGCAAAGUGCUGCUGUCAUUUUUGACCCGAGUCAACAGAGCCCCGGCUCUCUGGCAGAGUGCAUCGGGUGCAUGGGCUUCGAGUCCAGUGUACCAGAGAGCAGCACAGCCACUCCAGUGUCAACAGAAACCCACCUGAUCCCCACGUCUGGCUUGACGCCAGCAGCCCAACGGGAAGCUUUGGAAAAACUGUCGCAGAUUCAAGGAGUGCUGGAUGUCCGAGAGAGCCCGCCACAGACGGGGCUCGCUGUCACUUUCAUUCCUUCUCUGACCUCCGUACAGCAGCUGAGGGAGGUGGUGGAUGGAGCGAGACUUGUAGAGAUCCAAACUCCAGACUGCCCCGCAGAGAAGGGCCUUAAAUUGUCUCCGUCGGACACUGCGGAGGACAGAGCUGCAAUUCUGAAGUUAUGCAUAGAUGGAAUGACCUGUCACUCUUGCACUACCACUAUCGAAGGGAAGAUUGGGAAACUGAAAGGAAUCGAAAAGAUUAGAGUGGUUUUAGACUCUCAGGAAGCUACAGUCGUUUACCUGCCUUACCUCAUCACUGUCCAAACCAUUAUUGACCAGAUUGCUGUGGCCGGCUUUAAGGCCUCUGUGAAGUCCAAGCCCCGCCCCCUGCAGCUGUCUCCCAGACAAAUCGAAUGUUUUGCCGAUUCCCAAACACCAACAGCGUCUUCACCGUCAGAAACACUAGAGGAGACAGAAAUCUUUAUAGACACACACCUUGUCAUGCUCAGGGUAAAAGGCAUGCACUGCCGCUCGUGUGUGGUCAAUAUUCAAGACAAUGUCUCAAAGCUGCCCGGCGUUUCGGCAGUGGAGGUCUUUCUGGAGAAAGAGAAGGCCUCCAUCUGCUACGAUCCUCAGAGGAUCUCUGUCCCUGAGCUGCAGAGGGCCAUCGAAGCGCUGCCUCCGGGUAACUUUAAGACUGAACCCUGGGAUUCUUGUGCUCCCAGUGUGGCGUCUACAUCACCUCCAACUGCUUCGUCCGCAUCACAGCUCUGCUUUACCCAACCUCUGAGUUCUGUCGUUAAUAUUCACAUUGAAGGAAUGACGUGCAACUCCUGUGUCCAGUCUAUCGAAGCUAUGAUCUCCCAAAAGAAGGGGGUGUUGUCGACCCGGGUCUCUCUGGUGGAUCAUCAGGGGACCUUUGAGUAUGAUCCUCUCUUGACCUCACCAGAAGAGCUGAGAAAGGCCAUAGACGACAUGGGCUUUGACGCAACUCUACCUGAGACCAAUUCUCUGCUGCCUGUGGAAGAACACAGUUUUUCAAGAUCUCCAGGCCUAGCACGUGUUCACGAGAAGGAGUUAGACGACGAUUGUCGCAACAAAAUCCUACAGGGGCCCACUGGAGACACGCCUUCAAAAUGCUACAUCCAGGUUGGAGGGAUGACCUGUGCUUCUUGUGUGGCAAACAUAGAAAGAAACCUUAAAAAUGAACAUGGUAUUUCUUCUGUUCUGGUCGCACUUAUGGCUGGUAAAGCAGAGGUCCGCUAUAAUCCUAAAGUCAUUGACCCUUUGAAGAUCGCUGAGUGUAUAAAAGAGCUGGGCUUCACCGCCUCGGUGAUGGAGGAUUACGAAGGCUUGGAUGGAAACCUAGAGCUUGUGGUCAGGGGGAUGACGUGUGCCUCUUGUGUUCACAAAAUUGAAUCCAGCCUAGUGAAAGAAAAAGGGAUCAAAUACGCCUCUGUUGCCCUGGCCACAAACAAGGCCCACAUCAAGUUCGACUCCGAAAUUAUAGGGCCGCGAGACAUCAUCAAGCUGAUUGAGAAAAUGGGAUAUGAAGCAUCUUUGGUAAAGAGGGACAGAACUGCGAGCCACCUGGACCACAGCAAAGAGAUACGACAGUGGAGGAAAUCCUUCUUUGUGAGUUUGUUCUUCUGCAUACCUGUGAUGGGCAUGAUGGUCUACAUGAUUGUCAUGGACCACCAAAUGAGCGUUGCUCAUCACCACAACGCCACGAUGGAGGACCGCAAUCAUUACCACUCCUCCAUGUUCCUGGAGACCCAGCUGCUCCCGGGCCUCUCCAUCAUGAAUCUCCUGUCUUUCCUUUUCUGCGUACCUGUACAGUUCAUUGGCGGUCGUUACUUCUACGUACAAGCCUUCAAAGCUCUGAAACACAAGUCGGCCAACAUGGACGUGCUGAUCGUUUUGGCCACCACCAUAGCCUUCAGCUACUCGUGUGUCGUCCUGUUGGUGGCCAUGGUGGAGAAAGCAAAAAUCAACCCCAUCACGUUCUUCGACACGCCUCCCAUGCUCUUCGUCUUCAUCUCUCUGGGACGCUGGCUGGAGCAGAUCGCUAAGAGUAAAACAUCUGAGGCUUUGUCCAAGCUGAUGUCUUUACAAGCUACAGAGGCGACGGUCGUCACUCUCGGCAACAACAAUAGCAUUCUCAGCGAGGAGCAGGUGGAUGUUGAGCUGGUGCAGAGAGGCGAUGUGGUGAAAGUCGUCCCCGGAGGGAAGUUCCCAGUUGAUGGGAGGGUCGUUGAGGGACAUUCGAUGGCUGACGAGUCUCUCAUCACAGGCGAGGCCAUGCCAGUGACAAAAAAGCCCGGGAGCUCGGUGAUCGCCGGCUCCAUAAACCAGAACGGCUCUCUGCUCGUCAGCGCCACUCACGUUGGGCAGGACACCACCCUGUCUCAGAUCGUUAAACUCGUGGAGGCGGCUCAGAUUUCUAAGGCUCCUAUUCAGCAGUAUGCAGAUAAGAUCAGCGGCUACUUUGUGCCUUUCAUCGUUGGCAUUUCUGUGCUGACGCUGAUCGCCUGGAUCAUCAUUGGGUUUUUAGACUUCAGUCUCGUGGAGCGCAUCUUUCCUGGUUACGAUAAAAGCAUUUGCGAAGCAGAGGCAGUGAUCAGAUUUGCCUUCCAGGCCUCCAUUACAGUUUUGUGCAUCGCCUGCCCCUGCUCUCUUGGCCUGGCAACCCCGACCGCUGUCAUGGUGGGCACAGGGGUCGGAGCUCAAAACGGCAUCUUGAUAAAGGGAGGAGAGCCUCUUGAGAUGGCACACAAGGUUCGAUCGGUGGUGUUUGACAAGACGGGGACCAUCACCUACGGUGCUCCAAAGGUCGUCCAGGUCAAGAUGGUGGUGCAGGGGAAUAAGAUGACUCGCUCCCGCCUGCUGGCCAUUGUCGGCACAGCUGAAAACAACAGCGAGCACCCACUGGGAGCAGCCAUCACCAGAUACUGUAAACAGGAACUCUGCACAGAAUCCCUCGGCACGUGCACAGACUUCCAGGCAGUGCCGGGCUGCGGCAUCCGGUGUCAGGUCAGCAGCACGGAGACCCUGCUGAGGCAGCUGGACAGCGACAGCGAGGACAACAACCAGCGCAACAGCGUCCUCGUCCAGAUCAGUGACACUCUGACGGCCAGCAGCUCCCAUCCUCUCAUCAUGGACCCGCAGCCGCUAAGCUUGGUUCAGACAGCCAGUUAUGUCGUCCUGAUCGGCAACAGGGAGUGGAUGAAAAGAAACUGCCUCCACGUCGACGCAGAGGUCAACGAAGCCAUGGUGGAACACGAGCGCAGAGGCCGCACAGCUGUUCUAGUAGCUGUAGACAAUGAGCUGUGUGCGAUGAUAGCCAUAGCCGACACAGUGAAACCCGAGGCUAAGCUGGCGGUGGACACGCUGACCAGCAUGGGGCUGGAAGUGGUUCUGAUGACCGGAGACAACAGCAAGACGGCUCGAGCCAUCGCUGCUCAGGUGGGCAUCAGGAAGGUGUUUGCAGAGGUGCUGCCCUCCCACAAGGUGGCCAAAGUGGAGCAGCUGCAGCAGACUGGAAUACGAGUGGCCAUGGUGGGGGACGGGGUGAACGACUCGCCCGCUCUGGCCAUGGCUGACAUCGGCAUCGCCAUAGGAACCGGGACAGAUGUUGCCAUAGAGGCAGCAGAUGUGGUGCUGAUCAGGAAUGAUUUACUGGAUGUCGUCGGCAGUAUCGACCUCUCUAAAAAGACUGUGAAAAGGAUAAGGAUCAACUUUAUCUUUGCUCUUAUCUACAACCUGGUUGGAAUUCCCAUCGCUGCUGGUGUGUUUCUUCCCCUGGGUCUGGUGCUGCAGCCGUGGAUGGGCUCUGCUGCGAUGGCGCUGUCCUCUGUCUCUGUCGUUUUAUCCUCUCUUCUCCUCAAAUGUUACACUAAGCCCACCGCUGAGAAGCUGGAGGCCAAGUUUGGGAACCGCAGACCACAGGGCAGCUUGUCUGACAUCAGCGUCCACAUCGGCAUGGGAGACGUGCGCCGUCCUUCCCCCAGACUCAGCCUGCUGGACCGCAUCGUGAACUACAGCCGGGCCUCCAUCAACUCGCUGCGCUCCGACAAACACUCGCUCAACAGCCUGGUGCUCAACGAGCCCGACAAGCACUCGCUGCUGGUGGAGGGGACGCUGUGCGAGGAGGAGUUCUGCUGAGCGCCAGUAAAGACUCUUAUCACAGUAACCGCAGUCAGGACCGGACCCAGUGAAAACGUUACGAUGAGUAUUGGUCCGGUCCAUCUGCUGAACAGAAACGUCCCGAAUCCAAAGACUUUUAAACCUCUGCGCCCCAGCAGAACACUUCAGAGUUUUAACUAAACUUCCUUUAAAAGGGGGAAAAAAAACACUGCUGAAUAAUUAUUCUUCAGACUAUUUAUAAUAUUUAUCUACUUUUAUUUGUAUAUCCUCUCAAAGAAUUUAAUUGUUGAAUCCAAAUGUCCAUUUUAAAUUUUAAACUGCACCAAAAUGUGUAUUAAUGUGAUUGAAAACGAAUGGAAGCAGCCUUAAAACAAGCAGUAAAAGAUGUAAAACGCAGCGGAGCGAGCUGUAAACACUGUUACCCACAAGUGCCGACACAUUCCAAAGAUCGCACCAAACAGACUCUGAAGCUUCUUGUUCGCAAACUGUGAGCGAAGGUCAACGCUCGAAAUGAGACGUCCGGUUUCUGCACUUUGUCGAUGCGACUAUUACUCGUUUGUAACUCAAGGCGCUGAUACCGAUUGUACGGCGUUGCGUUUGACCGUGAAGAGGCCAAACUGAAGUGUUUAUGUUCACGUGUUGUACUAACGCAGGUCUGCCAGUUCUUCUGCUUCUUUUUGUUUCGUUUGAAGGAUUUCUGUGAACGCACUUGAAUUACGGCAGGAACCGAUCGACCAAACCUGCUCUGAUGAAAUAUGUAGCUUGGUUACAAAAUCACUUUGUAUAAUCAAAGCAAAAGAGAUUAGGCUCGUCGCAGAACUGUCUUGCUGUCUUUUUUGCACCGUUUUUAAACCAUAGGGUCACAUUUAGGAAAAAAAAAGUCUGUUUUGUCAGUUUGAUUGUAAAAAGAUCUGUUCUGUAGCGAUGGUGUCUCGCUGAGCGCAGUGAAAUCUCAUUUUCGUGCGGUGUCUUUGUAAACAGGUCAACAGAUCUGUGUGCAGUUUGUGUUUCUCUGAACAUUUUGUGCCUUUGAAUAAAAACGUGUUUGUAACGUCAUGCUGUGACCACAAGGUGGUGCUGAUGAGCAACAAA